ACACUGGAAGUCGCUUGGCGUGACCGUCUUCACUCAAGACAAACUCAAGGACUUCAAUAACACGAUGAGAAAAUAAGUACAGAUAUAUAAGAGAACAUAAUGUAAGUUUCUAGUAAUAAGCGAAAACAAGUUGUUCUUGAAUCUUAUAAGAUAAGAAGCGUGUUAGCGAAAACAUUCAAAUAUCAGCUUCAGUUUAAGAACGAUGUAGAAGAGAUCGGAGUUGAGCUUGAUGAUGAACGGAACUGUGGAGGAGAGUCCUGACACCACAGUGCCUGAGGCGUGGAUCGUGGCGGCUCAAGGGUGGGCGUGGACGGUGUCCUGCGUGGGCGGCGUCGGUAACCUUGUCACCAUCUCCACCAUCGCCCACCAGCUGUACCUCGGACGGUUGUGGAGACGACACUACCAGUGUGGCCACAGGGCCGGACGUCCAGUGGUCGCUCUGGAAGGUGAUACAUUACUUCUGCUGCACCUCAGCUUCUGUGACUUCCUCUACUGCGCCGUCAACCUUCCGUUAACAGCAAUCACUUAUAACUACGCCAUCGGACUCUCAGACACGGUGCCCAGCAAGAGUUUCUGCACGGGUGCUGCGUUAUUCAGAUACAUCAACGCCCUGGCCGAGUGGACAACGCUUGGUCUGCUGACGGUUCAACGCUGUGUGGAUCUGGGACGCUCCAGGGGCGCUAGGUUCUUCAGACCACGCCCGACCAUUUCCUUCAUCGUGGCCAUCUGGCUGGGCAGCGUCCUUCUCCAGAUGGACGCCAUCGUGCAGGGUCAAUACAACUACGACCGCACCACCUACAAGUGUGACUAUACGAGUGUUAAGGCACGCAUCUACUUCUACUGCCUGGAGUCCCUCCUGCCCUGCUGCCUCAUGUUUACUGGCAGCCUCAGCAUCAUCUUCCAGAUCUGGAGGAACACCAGGAUGCUGCGAGCUGCUGGAAUGCCAAAGGAGCUUGUGCAACAACGUUUCUGCAGGAUGCUGAGGUCUACUGCGCUCCUGCUGGCACUGCUGCUGCUCUACCUAGUCUGCGUGAUCCCUGUCUGCGUCUACAGCGUGGUAUCAAUAGUCACCGACGAUAAACACGUCCCUCUCGGCAUCGCCAUCUUCAUGAACUACUGGAUCCAGUACGGCAUCAACUUCCUCGUCUACGCCGCCAGCAACGCCAACUACAGGAAGGCUUACAAGCAGUUCUUCAAACUAAUUGUGGAACAAACUUGGAAAACAUAUAAAUCACUUAUAUGUAACUGUAGUAAAAGUCCAUCUGUUUUGCAGCUAUCAUCUGUUAUCGUUCGAAGUGGAUCUGUUGCCAUUCUGCCUCUUCAUAGCUCACUGGGGUUCUCUGAGUCAGACCCUGGAGCCGAUGGCUGUAUAUUGCCUCCUCUCGGCUUUCACUUUCUGAGCAGCUCCUCCUGA